AUGAACAACGCUGGCACCUCCCCUGUGCGGCCCGGGAGCCAGCAGCCUUCCCGCAGCGGAGGGAAGAACGAUGGUGCGGGAGACCCUGGCCGCUGCUUAGAAACCAAAAGCAAGGAGGAGACGUCUCGGGAGAGAAAGCCCACUGCUGCAGACGGGGUCGGCUCAGGGCCGCGGGAGGCCCACGGCAGCGGCUCGCAGGGCGUCCUGACGCUGUUCUGGAAAGGCGAGGGGGGCCGGCGGCGGUGGGCCCCUCUUCGCUCACUCAGCUCCCCCUUCGGAGACGCCCCUCUUCCGACAAAGCACUGGUGCCCCCAGGAGGCAGGGAGCUUCAAGGCGGCCGCCAACGGCAGGAUCCUGAAGAAGCACUGCGAGUCGGAGCAGCGCUGCCUGGACCGGCUGAUGGCCGACGUGCUGAGGCCCUUCGUGCCUGCCUACCACGGGGACGUGGUGAAGGACGGGGAGCGCUACAACCAGAUGGACGACCUGCUGGCCGACUUCGACUCGCCUUGCUAUCCCCAGAAGGAAGACGGCUCUGUGAACAGGGACUUCAAGAAAACCAAAACGAGGGAACAGGUCACCGAGGCCUUCCGAGAGUUCACGAAAGACAAUCGGAACAUCCUGAUCGCCUACCGGGACCGGCUGAAGGACAUUCGCGCCACCCUAGAAAUUUCUCCCUUCUUCAAGUGUCACGAGGUCAUCGGCAGCUCACUCCUCUUCAUCCACGACAAGAGGGAGCAGGCCAAGGUGUGGAUGAUCGACUUUGGGAAGACCACGCCCCUGCCCCAGGGCCAGACCCUGCAGCACGACAUCCCCUGGCAGGAAGGCAACCGGGAGGACGGCUACCUGUCGGGCCUGAACAACCUCAUCGACAUCCUGACGGAGAUGUGCGCGGGCUCCCCGCCGGCCUGAGGCCCCGCCCACGCGAGGCCCCGCCCACGCGAGGCCCCGCCCACGCGAGGCUCCCUGCCUUCUCUUCCCUGCUCGCUCGUCAUCGCCUGCCCUUCUACCUGGCUCGUGCCCAGAACUUACCUGCCCAAACUGCACUACAAGACACUUUGCAGAGAGACACGAUUUCCAGCGACUUCCCGACUUCCGCCUCUCUUGGUCACUAGGGUCCUGCUAGAGGAGACCUGCUCAGGCUCUGCUCUGGGGUGGGGCGCGGGGCGGGGCGUGAGGGUCUGCAGAAGGUGCUCCCCUUGCCUCUGCCAGGUGGGCAGCCCCCCACUUGCAUACCUGGGCUCCUUCACCAAGUCCAGAGCCCCCAGCAGUCACAGGCAGGGCUUCAGGCCAGUGCCGGACCAGGCCAGGUCCGCUGGGCUUAGAUCUGGUGAAAGGUGCACGCCAGAGGGGAGGGGGAGACCCUGGCCACAGAGAGGGACCCCAACAGCUGAGCCCACGCCCUCUGGACCGGCUAUCCGUGGGGGCCGACUGCCCCCUGGUGGCCGGUGCCAUUAGCACCGCUGCCCAGCACAGCCGUUGCUGCCCCCAUCCUCCAAGCUGGAGGGGGGGCGGCAGGAGGGGUCGGCCAGAACCCAUGUGUCCGCAGGUACCAGGCUUGCUGGUAGCUGGGGCACAAAUCCACUGUGAACCGUACGUCUACCAUGAGUACCCUCUGCUUUGCAGCCCCAGGCCUCCCUCUGUAGGAUUGCCAAAGUCGGGGUCCCACCCACCUGGUAUCACAACUUGAGUUUUGGGCCAGACCCAGGAGCCAGGAGAGGUCUGGAGCCAAGCUGGCUGUGCUCUGGGAGGGGGGCAGUGGUUGCGUUCCUCCCCGGUGAUGAUCACCCUUCAUUAAGAGGGAGACUGUAAACCUGAACUUCCAGAGUGAGGAGGAGGAGAGCCCUCCCCCUCCCC